AUGUCGCGCUACCUUACGCCAUCGAAGAUAUGCAUACUCCUUCUGGUACAAUUAUAUCGUGAUGGAAACGUUCCUUCGAAAAGUACGAUACCGCUUUUGUCGUUCAUCUCCAAGCAUACCAUACACAGAUCACCACUCAAUGCCGCCGACCAAAAGCCGUUGACUCCACCAUCAAUCCAAGAUUUCGAGACUUUACUGGGAUCACAUGAAUCAGCAGUUCCAGGUCGUUCUUUGUACCAUCUGUUCGUCGAUCACCUGUGGGCUAUCCACGACUUCGUCACGUUCACUGCAUUCCUUCAGGACCAGACUUCGGUCACGGCUUCGCUGCAAGACCAGGCCGAGGGUAGCAAGGUCAAGUCUGUAUGCAGCCCGACAAGUCCAAUAGGUCAAUUCGCGAGAAGGUGUCAUCUGGAGUCUGUGAGAUUGCAGUUCAGUGAUGCCUAUCAGCUCUGGGAAGAUCUGGUUGUCUUCCGCGAACCGACCAAGGGCAAUUACGUUGAGCGCAACCCCAAAUCUCCAUAUGCUAGCUAUUACCCGGACGCAGCAUCGGCCAACUUGCUACAGCCAGAUCAGUCGGGUGAAUCGGCUAUCCUGCUUGAUCGUAUGGACAAGCAGGAGAGUCGGCCUACGGUACCAUCAAGUCUGGAUGACGUGGAGAAAGUGAUGCACUUCCAGCUAGGACAGCUGCAGAAAUUCGGUGGCAGAGUGUCGGAUGAGAUGAAAGCUCAAUUGAGAGCUAUGGUAGAACAGGGCGCGUCGAAGCCUUCAGACAUGCACUUUAUCAAAAGUGGUGCAUACAACAAGGCUAUUGAGCUUCUUCAUCGUUACUUCGACUACACCAUGGAGAGCCAAGGCUCGGACACCAUCAAGACGUACCACCAGUAUGCCUUGCUCCAUCUGGCCGUCCUUCACGCAGACUUUGGUUGCUAUGGUGAAGCUAUAUCCGCCAUGGACGAGUGUAUUGCUACUGCUCGUGAAAACCAGGAUGCUCGUUGUCUGCAUUUCAGUCUCUCUUGGCUUGCCCACCUGCGAAAAGCAUAUCCUGAAUUCUCUCGCCUUGAGAAUGGCGGUGAAGGCAGUGAGCUAGCAGGUAACGAAAGCGAUAUCAUCACAUUCCUGCAACAGAAAGCAGUUGAGAACAAAGAUUGGGCAACUCUCAGCAGCUCUCUGCUCAGCCAAGCCGAAAUUAACGUCGAGAGCGGCGGCAGCGUAGCCAGGGCCCUGGAGCAAAUAUACCAGUCCAGCUACCUCAACAGCUUGCACAAUGUCACUAGCAUGGUACCCAGCCAGCUUCGACUUCACUCGGCUAUUUUCAACAGACUCGGUCAGAUGCCUUUAGCAGAACACUACUGCAAGGUCAUGUAUCAUAUAUUCCGCCAGGACGCAUCAAGACCCGACAUACUCAAUGUAGUGCUGCAGAAUGCGCAUAUGCAUAGUAUCUUGGGUGAAUACGAAGAAGCAUACGAAUUGCUCAGACAAAAUGACCCUGCGAAGGAGAAGACAUUACGUCUCGACAAUACAUUCACUGCAUUUGCAGCGAUGAUCACANAUGACUUCUUCGUCGCCGAAGAAUUUCUCCGACAGCUGAAGCCCAUAAGACAAACGGCCGAUGCAGGUGUGAUCUUCGAAACAUACGUACUGGAGAUUGAACUCUUGAUGCGGCAGGGGAAACUGUCCAGCGCAUUUGAUUGCAUUGAAAAGCAAGUAGCCGAAGCAAAGGCUGCAGACAGUGCAGCGAAGCUCUUUGCAAAGGCAGGGCUACCAACCAAAGGCUUCAGCAUUGCGAUGCGUGCAGCCUCGUCAGCGCAGAGAGCUAUGAUCAUGCCGGCAAUGUGGGAAGCUGUUGGCGCUCUUUGUGUUAUCCUCAUUGACCUUGGCGAGUUUGGUGCGGCUAGAAGUCUAGUAGAUGCCAUCAUGCCGCAGGUACUGGAAGGCGGCAACACAACUACGAUUGCGCAGCUCUAUUCUAUACUCACGGACUCCUAUGUUGGCCUUGCCGGCAAGGCGUUUGGAAAGGACCAAAACGAAAGCUCAAAGCACAUUGAUGCCGCAUUCAUGUACCUUGACAGAGCGCAUGAAGGUAUGAAUUCCUCGAGUUGUAAGAUGAGUUGUAGAAGACUAAUGAAACACAAACAGAAUNACGUCAAAGUAGAGGAUCUGGAUGGCAUUCUGGACAGCUUGACGAAAAAAGCGAUGCUGUACAAGCACAAAGAUGACGAGGACAUGAUCGAGGAGAUGGAGCGUUUAUACAAUAGCACGGUCCAAGAAGCCGAGAACAGACAAUUGGCGAUGCAAGGGCAAGGGGUUUAG